CGCCGAGCUACUUUACUCUCCUCACUUCCUUUCCAACUAGCUGAUCUUCUUCAUAUUCUUCUCGUACAUUUUCUUCCUCCUGCAGGCCUGGAUCAGUUACAUGGAGUUCAAUCCGUGAUGCAAGAGCUUUGUUUUCCGAUCAUAAACAAGAUAGGUAAUUAGAGAGAGGAGAUGCAGGCGGCGGAUGAGAGCGUGCACACAGUGAAUGCGGCGGCCGUCGUUCUGGCCGCCGCCGCCCGGAGCAGCACCGGCCUGCAACGCAACCACCACCACCACCUACAGCUCCACGACCAUGCCCCCGCCGGUACGAAGAAGCGAUGGUGGUCGUGGCUGACGAAGCCGAACCUGGCCUGCUUCCGGCCCCACGUCGUCGGCCACCCCCGCCGUAUAGCCAACGCCGGAGACACGUCACCGCAGCCGGCCACCACGCACACCACGGCAUCAGCAGCGGCCUACGUCCACCACGCGCCGCCGGUUCACCCGGUCUUCGCCUUCGUCGUGCCGCCAUCCUCGCCCGCCUCCUCUCUGUUCGCCUCCGAGUCACCGUCACCGGUGCUCCUCCUCAAUGCGAGCACGGCAAGCAGCCCCGGCAUGUUCGCAGUAGGUCCGUACGCGCACGGGCCGCAGCAGCUGGUGUCGCCGCCGGUGCUCUACUCCGCGUUCACCACCGAGCCGUCCACCGCGCCGCGGACGCCCCCGGCCACCACCAGCCCGUCUUCGCCGGAGGUCCCCUUCGCUCGCUUCCUCUCUCCGUCGCCGUCCUCUUCCAUGGCGGUCGGGGAGGCCGGGCUGUUCCACGCGUACCAGCUGCAGCCCGAGAGCCCCAUCCCCCUCGGCUCCUCGUCGCCGCAGCUGUUCCGCGAGAAGCUGCACCGGCGCAACGAGGGAUCGCUUCUCGACGGCCACAUUCCCAUGGCGGCCGGCGGCGGCGAGCUGGAUUUGGAUGUCCUUUCAGGCGCUCGCGAUGAAGGUCACGGCGCUGGAGUGAUGGACCAAGAUGACGACGAGGUGCCCAAGAGCGGGGAGUUCGUGUUCGGCAAUGCCGACAACGGCGGCGCUGCGCCUGCCGAGGACACGGACGGCGAGGAUCGGAAGAGUUGGCAGUUCUUCCCCAUGGCUGAGCAGGGCAUGAUCUGAUCUUGGAUGUUAUGAAAUAGUACUACUAGUAGAGUAGACAGUCGCAGCAAGCAGCUAACAACACAACAUGGAAAUGAUCCUGGCCGUGCCAUGCAUCAAUUGUCCUUCUUGCGCGUAGUUCGCUAGUCUUUCUUCCGCAAAAAACGUAGAGGAAGAAAAGAAUACACUAUUCACCAGUCCAAGCUCCCAGUGUGCUGUAACUGUAACUGUUGCCUAAGCAUGACGUACAUAAGCUAGCAACUAUUUGAA